AUAUAUAACUAAUUGUUUUUGUUUAAGAUUCAGAAAUGAACAUUAUCAUUUAUAUUUUCGAAAAAAAGUGAAAUUGGAACAAAAUGGUAAAUCGAACUAAAAUAAUCUCACGAAAUACGAAGAAGGGAGCAACUACUUCAAUACUUAGUAUGCUGAUGCAGUAAGUCAAAGAAAGGAAAAUUUCGCUACACUUCAUGGCCAUUUUUUAUAUUAUCAGUGGUACAAAAGGUUGAAGAAAAAUCUCAAAAAAACAAAAUUGUAGAAUUGUUCUGAAAAAUGGAUACCGUAUGUUAAAAAAAAAACGUUAGGAAAAGAUGUCUAUGAUUAGAUAAACAAACUUUAUUAUGUUAAAACCCUAGACUGUUGUUUCGGCGCCACGAUGUAGCGGAAGCGAGACUUGGGUGUUGGUUUACCAGCGACGGCGGCGACGGCGUCAACAUUAUUUUUUUGCGUUUCAGUUUCACUGAAAGUUUAAGUGCUAGACAAACUGAACUUGAACCAUAGAUGCAUCUUAGGUAGUACAUCUCAACCCAUGCAUCAAAUGCUGGAUGCGGUCUACCUUUUAUUGUCCAUUGACUUUGUCAGCAUCUCCAUCAACAUGAAGUUUUUGCGUUAAAGUUGUUUCUCUGAUAUGCGCAUUGAUGGUCAAAGCGAGGCACAGGGGAGACAUACCAAUCCGAAUGGCUUGUGGAUACAUAGGUAUAUUCCUAUUAAAUGAUUUUUUUGGUGAUAGAAACAGCAUGCCAAAAACGAAUAAAGCUGCGUCAUACAUCUGUUUCGUCAUUGUAGGACUCAUCGGUGAUGCGCGUGACCAAAACGUCGGUAAUCUAAAUUUUCUAUACUUUUGAAACAGAGCGGUAGGUGUGUUAAACCCCUUUAUCUGUGAAAUCAAAAAAAUUGAGAGGACUAGUAUUUUCAAAUUUAAGAAAAUCUAUGCAGUGUGUAUGUGAUGAACCGUGUCGCUUAAAAGCGAUAAUUGUGGCCGUCAAGGUUACAACAAACCCUCGGGGACUAAAACAAUCCACCAGUAGAUUAUAUCAUCUUGUUUCUUGAAAGAUGAACGUAACGUUUGAUUUUUGAUUUUUGUUUUUGAUUGUUUUUGUUUUACGUCCUUUUAACAGCUUUGGUAAUUUAAGGACGUGGCAUGUUUUGGUGGCGGAGGAAAGCUAGAGUACCCGGAUAAAAACCACCGUUCUGCGGCCAGUACCUGGCGACUGCCCCACAUAGGCCUCAAACCCGUGACGCAGUGGUGGAGGGCUAGUGGUAGCAGACGCCCUAACCACUAGGCCACCGCGGCCGAAAAUGUGAAUGUGAAAAAUGAUGAAACUACAGCAAAAUCUAGGUUCUGGCCAUCGCAAACGUGCAGUUAUGAGUCAAGUCACUCUCAAGAUCGGGUUUAUUGGGGCUGGAGCUAUUCACUUCGGUAGACCGGAAGUACCGUGGGAUCAUGCGUCACGCCUUGAGAAGAUCGGUGGAAUAGAGGUGAUUGGAAUUGUUGACCCCGACACCUGUCGGAGUGACCAGGUACUAAAGGAACGACUUGCAUCCUCUGUGCACGGACACAUGUACACACACUGUCGUCUGCUUACUGAUUACACGGAGCUAUUGGGAAUGAGACCGGAUGUGGUCUUCAUCGGAAGUCCGCCAGGGUAUAGAGGCUCUCCUAAGAGCGGACGGAAUCCGGAACUUGAGUUUGCACAGGCUGGAAUACAUGUAUUCGUGGAAAAACCUCUGUCGGUCGUGCCUCCGGAGGAGUUCUCUCCUUACGCACGCGCAGUAGCGGAAGCGUGUAGGACGAACAACGUCGUCAUCUCUGUGGGAUAUAAGUUCAGGUACCACCCAGCAGUCUUAAAAAUGAAGGAACUAAUUGCGCAACAUGGCGGGAAGGUGAUGGCGUUCAACGCGCGCUAUUACUUAGCCUACACGGAGGGAAUAAACAAGUACUGGUUCAACUCCGACAUCAGUGGAGGACCAGUCAUAGAACAGGCCACCCACUUCUGUGACAUUGCCCGAUACAUUGCAGGGGAAAUUGAUAUGACGUCAUUACACACUCUCAUGCUCAACGACUCGGACAAAGGCGGGGCCGGUAAGCUGAAUCAUGUAUUGAACAACGCGGAGGAUGACUUACCACCUAGCAAGCGGAUCCCCAGAGUCACCCUCAGUCACUGGAGGUUUGAGGGCGGUGGUCUCGGCACGUUGAUGCACUCCCUUACGCUGCCUGGAAGUCGUUACCAUGUUACCUUCGACGUUCAGCUGGACGGUCUCCAAUUCUCGCUCAUAGACCCGUACGAGAGUAUCAGUAUUCUGAGAGUCCGAAGUUUAGAGGGUGGAAAUCCCAACCGAGACCAGGAUUUUGUUUUCGAAAACGACAUGUAUUUGAGAGAGCUUGACUUGUUCAUCCAGGCUGUUCGUCAAGGAAAGCAGUCCCUCAUUAAGAGCUCUUAUGAAGAUGCCUUGAAAACCUAUGAACUGACCUGGGCAAUACGGCGACAGGGGGAAGUCAAGAAUUAGUGACCAUAUAAAUCUUUUUCGUGAUAUUAAUAAAAAUAAUCUUUGUUUAUGAACUCUAAAUUCCAGCAGCGAGAUAUCAAAAUGUUGUUUCGUUUGGGUUUAGAAAUGAAAUUGUAUUUUUUUUUGAAAUAAAUACAAA